AUGCUCAGCACACUCAUUCUACUGCCCACAAGCCUCCUGAUCUUCUUGAUAGCCACAAUCCACUAUCUCGCAUCCCACUCUCAUUCCACGCAAAGCGAUCCAACUGAGAAAGUAUGGAACGUCGAACGAACAGGCUUGAUGAUUUCCCUCUACACCUCAACACUGAACAGCCUCCCAAGAUCAUUGUUGAACAAGCUCAAUAUCAAAUUAGCAAGGAGAUUGAAAGUGGUUUACAAUGCUGGUAUAGGCUUCGGGUUAUUGGGGAUGACCAUUGCUCUAGGAGGGAGCUGCUGGGCUACGAUGAGUGUCUGGAAGAGCGUAAUGGAAGAAGUUAAUUUGCAUACGUUGGAGAAAGUUCAACAUGGGUCCGCAGGGAAUAUAGUGAAAAGGGCUUAUACAGAGAAUGGGGGAGCUGACGUUGUGAUGGAUGGAAGUUGGGACUUUGCAGGUGGAUUACAACCUUUGAUACCUGGUAUUACCAUGCCAUGGACACAUCUGCCCACACUUGCCUUAGCGCUGGUUGUCAAUCAGUUGAUACAUGAACUCGGUCAUGCUAUAAGCGCAGCUCUAGACGAUAUCCAGCCAUCUCGCUUCAGUUUCAGCUUAUACGCUGGUAUACCAAGUAUGAUGGUUUCGUUCCCAUCUAAUAUCGAUACAUUAGAUCCGAAUGCAAAGAUGCGAUUAGCGACUUCCGGUCCAUUCCAUAAUCUCCUAACUUGGUUUUUCUUCUGGUUACUUACUUUUGGCGGUGUGGGCAAGCUGUUCUGGUAUGAUAGAAGCAAUGAAGGAAUGGUAGUCAAAGAUGUCCAUUGGAACUCUCCUCUCUAUCCUCAUCUCACCCCUGGCUUAGUCCUGACACAUCUCGACGAUAUUCCAUUGUCUGUCACCCUUUCAUCCCCCGAUCCAUGGUCUGAAUACCUAUCAUCAGAUAAAGUAGGAGACGAAGGUAGAGGAUGGUGUAUGGACAAGACCACCUUUCUCUCUCAACCUGAACCGUCAUCUCCGCCUUCUUCAGAAGGUGAAAAAGGUAAAAUGGAAUGUAGAGACAACUCGACGGCUUCCGAACGAAUAACAUUCCAAUCUACCUAUGGACCUACCAAAGGUUCUUAUAGAUGUUUAAACCCCCUUCCCAUACUGAAUAUCAAAUCUACCAAAUGUCCUUGUCCAGAUAGCAGAUGGGUAUGUAUCCGACCUGAUCCCUCGGAAAAGGUCUUGAGGAUAGGUACGAAAGAUGGUAUCUUGUUGUUUACCGGACCUAGAGAAGAGGUAUUCAGGGAUGUGAGGGUGAGGAAAGAGGAUGCGAGGGGAUGGAAGGGUGGUGUGAGGUGGGGAGAAUUGUUUCUCAGCUACGCCUCAACCCUGUCACUCUCUUUAUUCCUGUUCAAUUUACUCCCUUUACCUCUCACAGAUGGUUCCCAAUUAUUAGAAUCACUAUUGGAAUGGAGAUCCACCGUCGGACCCACCAAUCCAAUGACUCCACUGAAAGCUACCAUCAACAACAACAACGACCCUUCACACCCCGAUGGAAACGACGGAGGUGGUCCAAGUAUGAAGCUUUAUAGGGAGUACGAGAUGGAUUCGGACGACGAAGAACAAUAUAUUGGUAUUGAGUCUGAGUUAGAACCUAUAGAUAAACCAAGAAGGGGAAGAUGGAAGGAAGUCGGUUGGAAACGAUGGGUCAGAAGAGGCAUACAAUGGUUCAGUUUUUCCAUGGUCGGAUUAUGGGGGAUAGGAUGGGCGAUAGUGUUCCUCUUGAGAUCGAGUUGA